AUGAUUACCCAGAUUGUGCUCCCCAUCGUCGCCACUCUCUGCGCGUAUUUUGUUCUUCACGCCUCCCAGAUACUGUACCGCAACCUUUCCUCGCCACUGCGCCGUAUUCUCCCGGGUCCGCCGAUUCCGCACUAUGUGCUGGGUAACUUCAAGGAGAUGGCGGAGGAUGCGCGGCUCUCGAGUAAAUGGCGGGCUGUCUAUGGGAAGAACUACCUCUUCCAUGGCCUGUUCAGCAUUUCGGAGCUGUAUACCGGCGACCUGAAGGCGCUCACGCACAUCAUUGCCCACCCAGAAAUCUACCAGAGACCGCCCGCGAGCCGUGAUGCAUCCCGGCGGCUAAUGGGGGAAGGGAUCCUUUUUGCGGAGGCAGAACAGCAUAAACGACACAGACGCGUCAUGAAUCCUGCGUUCGGGCCGUCGCAGAUUCGGGCCGUGACGGAGAUAUUUGUGGAGAAAGCGGCUCAGUUGCGGGACAUCUGGGCGAAGCAAACGCACCAACAGGGGGAGAACGGGAGUCUGGAUGUUUUUGCGAGCCUCCGUAAAAUGACGCUGGAUGUUAUUGGCCGAGCGGGAUUUGGUUACGACUUUAACGCUCUGAAUCCUACGGGUCAUACGAACGAGCUAAACCAGGCGUUUACCGACCUUCUUCACUCGCCUCACUCAAACAUCUUCUCCAUGAUCCGUUUGGCGCAGGGGACUAUUCCUGUUCUCAAACUGCUUCCACUUCCUGGAGCUCGCCUUGUUCAGUCAGCGCAUCGCCGAAUGAUGAAAAUCGGGGGUAAAAUUGUUCAUGAGAGUAAGGCCGCCAUUCUCGCCACUGGAAAUGAAGACGAUGCGAACGAGAAGGAUGCGCUCACGAUGCUAAGCAGGCAGCGCGAUCUUUUGUCAACACUGUUGAAGGCAAAUAUGGCGCCGGGACUGACUGAGCGGCAGCGGUUGGACGAGGAGGAGGUUAUUUCGCAGAUCCCCGCGUUCUUUGUUGCUGGCAACGAAACUGUGGCCGCUGCUACCGCAUGGGCUCUCCAUUUGCUAUCACGACACCAGUCAAUUCAAGACCAGCUGCGCGCGGAAGUCACGGCCACGGCGACCGACAGCCCGACACUUGACGAGCUCAACCGUUUGCCGUUUCUAGAGAAAGUUGUGCGGGAGACAUUGCGGCUACAUGCCCCGGCCCUCUUCAUGCAGCGCACGGCCAUGACGGACGAUGUUUUACCUCUGGAGCGCCCAGUGGUGGAUGCGGCUGGAGCGGAGCAUUGGAGUUUACCGAUUGUCAAGGGUCAGACCGUGCACCUGCCGAUAUGGGGCGUCAAUACGGACGUCGAUAUAUGGGGAGCAGACGCCCUGGAGUUCCGGCCCGACCGCUGGGACGACAUCCCGAAAGCGACCAGCGGGAUACCCGGCAUCUGGGGAAACCAAUUCACCUUCCUCGGCGGGCAGCACAAUUGCAUCGGCUUCCGCUUUGCCCUCGCGGAACUCAAGGUUCUACUUUUCAUACUGACCCGUGCGUUUACGUAUGCGCCGGCUGUGCCUGAGGGCGGAAUCGAGCCGCUCACGGGUGGAACCUUACAACGACCCGCGGUGCUUCGUCCCCAGCAACAACGGAAAGGACGGGUUGCGAGCCUACCUUUACGUUUGAGUCUAGUGCAAAACGCACAAUUGGACGACUAUUAG